CUUAUAUUAUACAAUUAGCCUGAAACAAAACUAUCCAUAACCGUAACCAUCACACCCUUGUGGCAGAACUUGCAAUAACGAAAACACACAGCUAGCAGAGAGACUUGUGCGAUUCACCGUGAUGACCUCCCACCGGAAGAUCGCGAUCGCCGUUGACCUGAGCGACGAGAGCGCGCACGCGGUGAGAUGGGCGGUGGAUAACUAUCUGCGGCCGGGGGACCACGUGGUGCUCCUCCACGUGCGCCCCACGAGUGUUCUCUACGGCGCCGACUGGGGCUCCAAUCCCAUCCCAUUCACCAAUGCCCAAAAUCUCGACUCUGCCCCUCUAUCCAUGGAGGCCUCCCAGCGAAAGCUGGAGGACGAUUUCGACAAUUUUACGGCCACCAAGGCGACGGCCCUGGCGGAGCCGCUGGUGCAGGCCCAAAUCCCCUACAAAAUCCACAUCGUUAAGGACCACGAUAUGAAGGAGCGGCUGUGUCUGGAGGUGGAGCGCCUGGGGCUCAGCGCCAUGGUCAUGGGCAGCCAAGGGUUCGGGGCCUCCAAGAGGAUGGUCAAGGGCGGGAAGCUGGGCACGGUCAGCGACUACUGCGUGCACCACUGCGUGUGCCCCGUCGUCGUCGUGCGCUAUCCGGACGAGAAGGAGGACGCGAAGAUCGCCGACCAGGUGGAGCUCCACCCGGUCCCCGAAGAGGACCUCGAGUACCAAGACGCUUCGGAUGAGCCGAAAGAUGCUUAAAGAGUGCUCCCUGCAGUGACAAAGUCCUCCUGAGCUCAGAAGGUGAUGAAGUCAACUGGAAAAAGUGGAGGCUGCAAUAUGGGGACAAAAAUCUGAAGAAUGUGAUGGAGAUUUCUUCUUGGUGCAUGUAAAAAUGGAUGGUAGUGGCGUUUUUGGUCACUGUCUGUAUGUUUUCCUCAUUAUGAAGUGUUUGUGGUAUAUAUGUAUAUUGUAUGGUGAACUCUUUGGGGAACUGUAGCUUCGAAGUUCCCCCACACCGUUUUACUGUCUUGUAUAGGAACCAGUUUUUAUAGUGAUUAUUGGUUAAUAUUCGUUUUUAA